AUGUAUCGUGGACAGGGAGGCCCAUUAACGACGGUACCUGAUAACUCAAGUCGAUCACCUUCCGGUUCGAUCGACUUAUCACCUAUUGAGACCACAGCCAGGUCGAUUGAGAUGGACCACCUUACCACUAAAUCGAGAUUGCCGUCAGACGCGAUGACUGGCACUAGGGGUGCACCGGGUCGUCGUUUGAACCACCCGGAGCCAUGGGGUUUGAUGUCGUUUUACGCCAAUGACGAACAGCCCUGGGUAGGAUUUAAUCUCUCCGCAGGCACAUUGCAACCAGGCAAUCAUGUUAACCCUACGGGCGUUCGACGGGGGAACCCAGCAGCCUUUGCUGGUUGGAGGAGUAGCGGGCCUUCGGAAAGUGGAACUGUCCCGCAUGGCUAUUUGCCGUCCGACUCUGGUUACGAAAGCAGAGCGAAGCACAGCAUCGAUGACAGGUCUGUAUAUGAUGAAAACCAGGACACCCAGAGCCUUUCGGGGCAUUUGAUGGACUAUCACCCUUUUCAGUCGGGAAACACUUACGCUCGUGACACCCCUGUACCACAUUGGCAGCAGGUAGCACCAGUACCUGUAGCGAGUGGAACUACCGAAAAACAGCUGAUCUGUCCCGAUUGCAAUACUCUUUGCAAGACCAAGUCCGAACUGAACAAACACCACCAAAGACAUCGCAAGGCAUAUAAAUGCGACGUUCACGGAUGCACACGCAGGGAAGGCUUCGGUACCUUGAACGACCUUGAACGUCACAAAAGCAGCGUACACCCUGAACGUCACAAUGGCGGUGCAAGGUAUCGUUGCAACAUGGGCUCUUGCUCGACGAAGGAUAAAAUUUGGCCAAGAGCCGACAACUUCCGACAGCACCUGAAGCGCGUACAUCACAAGAUUGUGCAACCUGAUGACGACCUCAGCGACUUCAUCUAUCAGCCACCGCAGAAGCCUCAAGAGCAGGCUAUAGACCUCGAAGGUGUAGGUUCGGAUCUUUCCGCUUUUGCCUUUGGUGCAGUACCCUCUGUAGGGGCUUGGGAUGGCCGUUCAUUAGCACUAGAAGAUGUCCAGCUUCCUUCAGCCGAGCAAUCCAUGGGUAUGGACGACCUUGUCCUUGAUCCAUCUUUAUCGAGCGUCGAAGAAACAUCAACGAACAUGCUUCUUGGCCCCCAAGCCAUAAGUUUGGUUGUUUGCAAGGCUCAAGACCAACAUGAUCCAGACCUGAUGAUGCAGAGUCAUCAUGAGUACGUUCAGCCACGGGAGGUUUCCAGGCCGGCUUCGAAAACCCUAGUGGUGGGCCAAGCAGAUGCUCGCUCUGAUGUGCCACGAGGGCUCCGGUCUCAAAACGCCUCUUCUCGCCCGAAUACCAUUACCCAGGGUUCCCCUAAGGAUUCAAUGUCGACCAACAUGGAUUGCGAACCGAAAAUGGAUCUAGAUGACUUGAGCGGCGGUGAAACCAACCGAGUUAAACAUUCUCUGUUGGCCUCCUCGGCCGAUGGGAUUAACGAACAGGACGUUGUCAAACUUCUGGACAAGUUGCCAAAAAGCCUCAUCGAAAAAUACCUGAAAACCCAGUCAGAUAACACAGCGAAAGCCGUCCCUACCCCACCUAACACCACCGAGAUUGGGCACAAAUGUUCUGCCUCUGGCUGCAACAAGGCAUUUGCCCGCAAAUGCGAACUUAAGAAGCACAUGAAGCGACAUGACAAGCCAUACGGCUGCACCUUCGCCGGCUGCAAGAAGAAGUUUGGCAGCAAGAAUGACUGGAAACGCCAUGAGAAUAGUCAGCAUUUCCAACUUGAGGUCUGGAAGUGUGACGAGAAGCGGGCCGAAGAUGACGGUGGCAACAGCAGCAGCAGCGAUACCUGCGGCAAGGUCUGUCAUCGCCGCGAAACCUUUCGUAACCACCUCCUAAAGGAGCACAAGAUGGAAGACUCGGCCCGAAUUGACACUGCGCUCGAGAAUUGUCGCGUCGGGCGCAACUGUGAGUCCCGUUUCUGGUGCGGUUUCUGCGUAAGCAUUAUCGAGAUCACCAAGAAGGGCGCCAACGCGUGGACGGAGCGCUUCAACCACAUUGAUAACCAUUAUGCGGGUCGUGACAACGCGCCGAAGAAGGACAUCUCUGAGUGGAAGAAUGUCGACCCCGAACUCCAGGAUAUGGACUUCGCCGGCUCGUCAUACGACUCGAGCGAUGCGGAUUCCGGGGACGAGAUUGCUAUAUUGCGCAGCAAAGCCGCUGCCCCUGUACGGGUCAUGAACAGCAGCGAUUCAAAAAAGAGGAGCUUAGAAGACGACAACAAUGCCAGCGAACAACGAGAUCCAAAGCGUUUGAAGAAUGCCUCUAUCGCGCUUAUGUGGCUUUGCGUAAGUAACACCCGCCAUCAUCUCCAACCUCCCAUCAACCAGUACUAA